AGAAGCACAACACCUACAUCCUGGCUUUAGAUGGGGACACAGACUUCCAGCCGGCCGCUGUGAUGCUGCUCAUUGAUCGUCUGAAGAUGUACCCACGUGUCGGGGCGGCGUGUGGCAGGAUUCACCCCACCGGAUCAGGUCCCAUGGUUUGGUACCAGAAGUUUGAAUACGCUGUGGGCCACUGGCUUCAGAAGACAGCUGAGCAUGUGUUCGGCUGCGUGCUUUGCAGCCCCGGCUGCUUCAGUCUGUUCAGAGCAGCGGCGCUGAUGGACAACAAUGUGAUGAAAAAAUACUCCAUUAAGUCCUCAAAGGCUCAACACUACAUCCAAUACGACCAAGGCGAGGACCGCUGGCUGUGUACUCUGCUGCUGAGGCAGGGAUGGAGAGUGGAGUACAGCGCGGCCUCUGACGCCUACACCAAUGCCCCAGAGGAGUUUAAAGAGUUUUACAACCAGCGUCGGCGAUGGGUGCCGUCCACCAUGGCCAACAUUGUGGACUUGCUGGGCUCCGCCACCCUUAUUACCCAGAAAAACCCGUCCAUGUCUAGACCCUACAUGGUCUACCAGCUUUUCAACUUGGUGUCGUUCAUACUGGUACCUUCCACCGUCAUCCUUAUGAUUGCAGGUAGUUUGACUGUGCUGCUUGACGUUCAACCCAAUGGGGCUCUGAUCAUGGCUUUGAUACCUCCUGCUAUCUUCCUUGGCAUCAGCUUCAAGAUCAAGCCAGACACUCAGAUUCUCAUCGCAGCAAUCAUGAGCACCCUGUACGCCUUCCUCAUGAUGACAACAACCAUUGUCAUAAUAGGCACCAUGGUGAAAGACAAAAGCAUCCUGACUCCCUCCAGCUUGUUCCUCAUCGCCCUUGCCUGCUUUUACAUUGUUACUGCACUCAUGCAUCCUCAGGAGAUUGGCCUUGUGUUCUUCAGCUUUCUUUACAUCCUCUGCAUCCCCAGCUCCUACCUUCUUCUGUCGAUUUACGCCAUGGUCAACAUGAACAACGUGUCCUGGGGCACCAGGGAGAGGGCGCCUGCUGCCGGAGCAGCCAACACUCCACAAACCACAGCCCAGAAUGCCGAAAGCACCUUCACACGGUUCUUCUCGCUGGCCAAAUGCUGUAGAAAACUCUGCAGGAGAGGCAGUGCCGAAGAGCUCAUCGUCAGCCUAGACAUGCAGAAUAUGGAGGCAACCGAGUCCGACACUCCACCCCAAAACUCUAUUGUGGAGGAUCUGAGGAUGUCUGAGGAGGAGCGGCGAUCCAGGCAACAGGAGCCUGCUUUCACUUUCCCUAACCACAGUUGGAUCACACAACUGCAGAGUUUGUCUGAUGACAUGCGCCUGCGGGAGGAUAUGCUCGAAGAGGAUGAGGAGCAGUUCUUCAGAGAGCUGACAGCCAAAUACCUAGAGCCUCUUACUGAGAACAAAAAGGAACAGAAACAAAUGGCUAACAAUCUCAAUGAGUUGAGAAACAAGAUUAACUUUAUCUACUUCAUAUUAAAUGCCUUCUGGCUCAUAGCAACGUUCACUCUCCAGCUUUUGAACUCAACUGCCUUCAUCCAGGUGCCAAAGCUUGACAUCCACCUGAACUACACUGGAGAGUACGUCGCCAUCGAGCCUUUGGGCUUCAUGUUCAUCCUGACCUUUAUCUUCCUGGUUGUCAUCCAGUUUUCAGCCAUGCUGUACCACAGAAUACAAACCCUGAUCCAUUAUGUGGCCUUCCUGGAUACAGAGUCCAUGUCUGAAAACCAAAAAGAGCAACAGCCACUCAAACAGGUCGAAGAUGAGAAAAGCGAUGAGGAAAGCGAUGACGACGAGGACAUUGUGUUUUCAAGGGUCCUCAACAGCCACGGCGGUGGAAUUCUGGUGUAA